CCUCAUCCCUCGCUUCUACUGUCUCCAUAGAACCGAUCUUUCGUAACACUCCCUUGUAACCCUUCCGCUCCAGGCAUCCAGGAGGAGAAACAUGGCCGCCGCCGUUGUCCUCGACUAAGUCUCCCUCAUCCCUCCCUCCUCUCUUCUGCAUACUCUAACGCACAACACCCUCCCAAUGGACUCGUACGCCGCCCUAGUUGCUCCCCAGUAUAUACGCCCGCAACGGUCACCACCAGAUCUCAGGACGAGGACAAGGGCGAGACGGAGUAAUACUAAAGACGACUUAAUUCGCACUUCCCCCUUUGUUGCCAAUCCCUCAGCUACUCGCGGCCCUGCCCCGGCCCCUGUCCCUGUCCGUGCACCACGGACAAGUCCACCCUUUCUACUCGUCUUCUUCAUCCUCCUAAGCUUCAAUUGCUUCCUCUCUCUACCCUCUUUCUCCUCCUCCUUGUUCUCUGUUUCCUCCUUAAUCCACUCCUGCGAUGCUGCGGCAUACAACCUCGUCUCCAACCAACGAGUAGAUGCUCCCUCCCCUGAGGACUUUCCCCCCCUGACAGGUUCCGACUAUGCCUUCACACAAUCUACGCCCCUCGGCAGCCUCAUAGACGCACGCCAAUACGUCGACGGAGCCCUGGCCACACAGCGGCUCAUUGCUGCGCCCAUAAUCCCCCUCGAUCGACAAUCCUGGGUCGGUGUCGAUACCCGAACCGCGUAUUUCGGAAACAACUUUGGUGGGGAUAAGAUUGCAAAGAUCCCCGAGUUGCUGCAGGCGGGGAUGAGGAGGUUGGUGAUUGACUUGUGGUGGGAUGACACAGAUCUGGGGUGGCAGUUGUGUCCGAGGAUCAAGAGAGAUGGGACCCAGCUUUCGGCGUUGAGGGCAGCCCUUGAGCAGGGGCGGGAGAAUGGAGGGGUUUCUGAACAGUUGCAGAGGAUGGGGAGCCAUCAGGCUGUUGAGGAAGAAGUGUCGAGGCGCCCUUUACUAGAUCUGGAUGCUGAUCUGGAUCUGGAUGCGGUACAGACACCAGCAUUACCAGUAUCGCCAGCAUUACCAACAUCAUUAUUGUCAACGCAGUCCUCAACUUCAACUACAACGCCUUUCGAUCAGAAACCAAACCAUGAACAGAAACGACAUUUGAAUCCCAUAGACACUCAAGCGGACGAAUACCUGGAAAAGAGAGCAGCUGCGAAUACGGAGGAAACAGGUUUUGGGAAGACACGCGACCGUCAUUUAAGAUCGGCUCACCACGAUAGCCAAUCGAUCAAGGCCAAGACUGAACAUCCGUCAACACGACCAGAAAAAAACAAAGGAAGCGACACCAAGGAACCACAGGGUGGCAACCCACCCCGACAAAGGACUCGUCAGAAUGCUCGUGAAUGGUACCGGAAAAAGAAGCCGCAUCAGCGUCCGGCAAUCAAACCCAAGGGUCUGGGUGCGAUUCAGGCACCACGUGCCAAGGAGGAUAACAAGACAGCAUCUGGAGUCGAACAAGAUAGCAGGAUCGAGCUCAAGUCGUCUCUGGAGCAGCGUGGGAGGCUGCAUCGACUGGCGAUGAGCAAGGGCUUGGUUUCUUCUUACAACCAAUCAAAUGCGAUAGACAAAACGGUGGACGGGAUUACUUGUUCCACAGGCGAGGAUGUCGUGAUGCUUUUGCAAGCACUUCAAAGCUGGAUUCAGCAAACGACCGAAAGCGAACUUGAAGAUGUCCUGUUGAUCGUUCUCAACCUCAACCAGCUCGGAAACAACAGCCUGGGAUCUCGUCUGCCAUCUGGCUCACCGACCCCAACACCGCCGAUCAACGGCACAAAUACUACAAUCAUUCCGGUCAGCGAUGAAGAUUUCUUUAAAGCACUCGUCUCGCCCAACACCAAUAAGACCAUCAAGGCUUUACUUCCCAACAUGAUUUCUCUCAGGGAAUUGUUUAUGGACGCAUUCCCUUCGUUGAUCUACAGUCCUGCUCAGCUCCAGACGGACCGCAUGGAUUUACGGUCGACUUGGUGGAGUGAUAGUCGUGUGGGUCUCGACUACUACAAUACCACAACGGACCCUGCUACUGGAAAGAUACAGGCGCCGACAGGGUGGCCGACGAGUUCAUAUCUCACAGAGGUCAUCAAGCGGAGGAUUGUCAUCGGUAUUGGCGCCAACAAUCUGCAGACUAACACGAGCUACAACAUCACGGAUGAUUUCACGACGUUGUACGAGCCGGGUAUUCUGGGGCCAUCGAUGACGAACAGCAGUCUGCUAAGGAUUUCGUCUGCGUUCGCAUCAGACCAAUGCGAUUAUCCUGUACCAGGAGUGAUGAUGACGCGGACGGGGUCCGAGGAGAAUACUACGAGGAUAACGGACGGGAGGAACAGUAGCGGUCCGAUUACCAUGAAUGUGACCUGGUCCUUUUCCAGCGUGUCUGACGGUGAUCUCUUGCCCUGGUCUUUUACGUCUGGACAACUUGCUACCAAUUGUGGGUUCUCGGCGCUGGUCGAAGGUCGCACACCAGUACUGUCGUUUGCAGAACACGCAGGAAUGACUAUAUGGUCGUGGGAUCUGGAUCAGCCACCGAGCAGUAAGAAGCGAAGUCGUGAUCAACGCUGUGGUGCCAUGCAGAGCAAUGGCCGCUGGAUCGUACAAAAUUGCAACCUGAAACUCCCCGUCGCUUGUCGCCAAAUCAAUUCCUCCAGCAAAGUUAGUGCGGAUCAAAUUAUUCGCAAGCUGUUUCUUGACUGACAAUAUUACUAAUGAAAAAUCGGUAUUCAUCUCUUUGCUUCUUCUUUACCAUCAUCGAUAGUGGAUCAUAUUUGACCGGGGCGCGGGGAACUAUCGGGAUUUAUGGUGCCCGGACGGUUACAUGUUUGAUGUGCC